ACCAGGGCGCGCGACAACCAGGAGCUGGCGAGCGCCGGCCUGCUGAAGGCGACGCCCUACGCCUCGCGGCAGCUCCGCGUCCAGCGAAGCCAUCGGAGGAAGGAGAAGAAGAAGAAGCGCGACACAGCAAAGAAGAAGACAGAGAGAAGAUAAAAAGCGGAACAGAAAGCAGGACCGGGAGUACAGGAGACUCCUGGAGCGCGAAGACGUGCACAUCACGGUGGAGGACGGCAAGCAGUUCUACGACUGCUGUCCGUCCAAGGUGGUCGUGAAGGAGAUCAAGGUGGGCAAGUCGCGAGACAACUACGCCAUGGACAUCUCCGCGUCGCACCAGCUGUUCUACGAGCGCGUGUGCCUGGAGGGCUACGAGGGGAAGAAGUGCGUGUUCCCGUCCCGCACCAACUUCCGCAGCGGCGUCACCACCCGCUGCCACCAGCAGUACUCGUACACGCAGGCCAUCGCCCGCCCCUACGAGAGCGACGGCGACUACAAGCAGGACUACAUCAAGAUCCGCUCGGGCUGCUCGUGUCAGAUCAGCGUCGUCCAGAAGAAGAAGAGGAAGAGGAAGAGAUGAGGGUCACUCGGCGCGGGGGAGAGCACUUGCUUGGCCCCACCAGAUGCCCCCGCCAGAGUCCCAGUGCUGUCGCUCCAGUGCCCCAACAUGUCGGCCUGGGCCCUAGCGACUAUUUCCGAUAGAUUUUUGUUCCGCGCGCCGCGUCUUUGGGGGGAAUAGACAACACUUUGAUCUUUACAAGAGAAGUGGUUAUACAAGCCAAAAGAUAUCAAAUGGGUUAGUGCUGGUAAAAAACUACACGAGAGACAUACUACAUAUA